UCAGAGGAUAGAAUUGUUGUCGACAGUCGGCACAAACACGGCCACCAGGCCAUCUGCCUCACUCCCCCCACUCUGCAACUGAACAUUCGAUAGCCGCCGGCCGAUGAAAGACUCCACAAACACCUCACCUGUCAUCUCUGCUCCCGCCACGUUGCUCUGGGUAUACACAAACGUGGCAUUGUACGGGAUGCUCUCAGAGAGGAAAUCUAGGGGGAUCUCGGACAGGGCGGCCUCCUGGUCAGCCUGGCUUGUAACACCGACAAUGGCCGCAAGGAACCAUGUGUUGUCUUUUGUCCGUCUGGUCAUGAUAGUCAGGUAUCCGACUUUGCUGGCGGGCAGUACCACCGUCUCCUCCCACGUGGUGGGGAUGGACUGCAGCAGAGAGAGGUGGCUGAAUGAGUUGAGGAGCACGAAUGGGUCCUCGGGGAUGAUCCACAUGUAAGCGUCGAAGCAGAUAGCAGACGCCAGCUGGAACACCUGCACCCAUCAAUUUAUCCAUCCAUCCAGACAGACAGACAGACAGACAGAGACACAUGCAAUGGAGAGGAGAGAGAGAGAGAGAGAGAGACAUGGCCCCUGCAGACGUACUGUGGUGGUGUUUCCCUUGUAGAGCGUGUUUUGGAUGAAGGGGGUGAAUUGAGUCGAGCCGAGCACCAUCCGAGUGUAGGGCAGCGCCAAAUAGUGUGGGGGCAGCAGAUCGGGAAACCCAGACCUCUUGUUGAACUCCAAGCUCCUCACUGCCUGCAAACACGACCUGCCAUAUCUGCUGUGUCUCCCUUGUUCCUUCCUCCCUGCCUGCCUGCCUCUGACCUCUCGUGUGAUCUCAUUUGGGUACGUACGCUCCGCCCCGGUGGCGAAGGGCAGGUUCUGCUGAGUGACCACAAGCGACCUCAGCGCACACUCAUACAUCAUCCUCUCAGACAACAGCACCGAGGCAUAGCUAGCACUGCAGUCAGAGACACGCGUGUGAGGUCUCCACCUGAUCGUUGUGUCUCCCCAUCUGACCUUUUCAGCCCGCUGAAUCUGACCCCCGCCACACCAGUGGAGGCGACCUGGUCCAACCACUGGCGCAGCAGCAGAUAAUCGCUGCUGGUGUCGUCCACUUCGUCCGUCCGCUUCUGCACAAUCACCUUGACACCGCGACUGUCCGCAAACGCCACGAGCGUCGUCAGCUCGGUGUAAGGGUCCGCCCACUGGUCCCACCCACGGAUGGUGGUGUACUCGAAGCCCAGCUGUGAGGCCAGGUCGAUGUAGUCGCCCUCCUCGGUGGUGUUGCCCUUGCCGAACAGGUAGUCGCGCCACACCGACCGGCCCGGCUGGAUGUAGGCGGGAUAAGACGGUGGGGUCGUAGAGGUGUCGAACACAAAGAGGCCUGGGUUCCGCUGCUCGGGGGAUGGGUUGAGGCUGCUGAUCAUGUCCGUGUUGACGAGCUGGUCCAGGCUCUUAGCCAACACGACUGUCCGCCAUGGGGUGCGAAAUCCGCCGUCUUUCGUCGUGUUGACGGCGAAGGAUGUGUCAGCCAAGUCAGCCUGGAAGCCCUGGGGGUCGGCGAGGGCUUUCAGCCGCAGCCCGCUGAAGUCGUAGAGAGCGCUCUCAGUGAGGAAGAUGAAGGGAAAGGGUCUUGUGUAGGUGGUGUCUUCUAUCAGAAUGAUAGCGCCGUAUGUGUUGUUGUAAUAUCUUGGAGUACGAGUGGGCAGCGUCGACGCCGGGGCGGUCUUCCAAAUCCCGCCAUAGUCAUACAGCUCCCAGACGGGUUCCACGUCCCGCUCCGUGAACCAUGCGUAGUCGUCGGCAGUGAAUGCAAAGUUGAAGUGAGAGCCGUCGGCUGUCACGUUCCGGGUCGGGAAGCCCCCAGAGGCAGGAACCCAAUAGCGGAAAGCGAACCCGUCAUAGAAGAGGCGGAAGACGACAUUGAACUCUAUCGCCGACGCGUUGUGUCUGAGUGUGAAGACGGUCUCCCUGUGGUGGUCCGCUCCCACGCUGUGCUUGCCUCUCGUGCGAUAGGUCUCAUGCACCUCCGGGCCCUCCACGGGGCUGCCGACAAUCUCCACCCCCUCGCCCAGCGUCCAGCCAUCGACCGUGAGCGACAGGGAAGACUCCACCAGCACACUCGUGGCGCCGCCACUGGUCUCAACGGAGUACUUGAGUGAGUUGGAUUCAUUAAUGAAGACUGACACUUGGUAGGGGGCGGACGCUGGUGGCGAGAGGACGGUGCGAAAGACAUCGGCGGCGAUGCAUUGCUGGAUGUGGUACGCAAGGCAGAUGAGGGAGAGCAGUAUGAGAAGAGCAUGCAGCCCCAUUGGAUGUGCGGAUUAGAGAUCACAAC